GUGAUACCUUAUUUCCGGUAAGAAAAGAAAGUGAAAGUUUUUGCAUUUUAUCAUAAAAAGAGCAUUUCUACGAAGGAGAAUGGGUUGUAACGAUGUAAAUAAAGUUGAUCUGAAUGUACCAUUCUCAUCUAAAAGAGAGGCAGAAAUAGCUUAUGGUACUUUAAGUGUGGACAAGGAACCAAAAAGAGGUGGGGUUAAAAGAGUCGUCUCUGUUGAUGACAGAUUUUUAAAAGUACAUUUCGAAGCGGAAGAAGUGAGAUCGUUAAGAGUCAGUAUUAAUUCAUUCAUGGAUUAUUUGUUACUGGUUAUUCAAACAAUAGAGAAAUUUGGACCCCAAUCUUAAAAUGGGUACCAUAAUAUAUAUUAACAGUUGUAUUCAAAGAUCAUGAAAAUUAUUGGGGUUUGGGUUACAAAAUUGAAUGAUUAUGGCCACAUUUUUGGUAUCCAAAGACCAACAGAAUUUUCACAGCUUACAGCCAGCCAUAAAAAGAUGGCUUCCCUAAAGCAGCUAUAUAAAAUAUGUGUUUUACACAUAUAUGGAGCUAUAGGCCUUUCAAAAUGAAAAACGGUCGAUCGGCCUAGGCAAGUGCCUUACUUUCGAAGACGACCCGCGUUUAAAAAUCUUUGUCGCGUCGGAGUGACAGAGUCGGUUAGAAAUAUGCUUGUCAAUGGUGAUCAUUGGUUCUAAUUUCAUUCAGAGUGUGAAUUAUUCCAGUCCACCCAGAUGUAAAUGGUACAGAUAAUCCAAGAAAGAUUAAUGCCAAGAGAUUUGAUCUAUGACCACCUGGUAGACUCUUGAACCUAAAUUGUUUUUGUCUUGCAAAUGUUAUCCUUGUAAAAAUGGUUGUUUCUUUCUUGUAUAAACGACUAUCUGUUUAAUGCAAAUUAAUCUCAAAGCGGUUUGAAUUUACGCAAAUGGGUUGUUUUAUUUGCAACUGCCAACAAGUACAGGUGUCUUAUUUUGUGUAUGUUGAUUCCUUUAUAAACGAAAUUAUUUGUAUACAUGUUUGUGUUAGUAAAAGCAAAUAAAAGAACGGAUUUCAUGGUCCGUAAAUGCUCUAACGAAGGUUGGAAUUGGAAGGUUACUGGCUUUGUCAUGAAAAAAAUUCCCCUAAUUACACAUAGCAAUAUAUUGUUU